AAUGCACCGCUGCCUCCUUGUAAACGUCGCGGCCCGGGUCGGGUGCGCAGUGUAGGAGACGGACGCGCAAGAUGGCGGAUACGUUAGAAGUUAUCGAGGGCUGUCGGCUACCCGUUCUCAGGAAAAACCAGGAGAACGAGGAUGAGUGGCCCCUGGCCGAAAUUCUCAGUGUGAAGGAGGUGGCCAGUAGGAAGCUCUACUACGUGCACUACAUUGACUUCAACAAGCGUCUGGAUGAAUGGGUGACCCCAGAUAGGCUUGAUUUGAAGAAGCUGCAGCUUCCCAAGAAGGAGGCCAAGACGCCCACCAAGAAUGGCCUCCCGGGGUCCCGUCCCAGCUCCCCGGAGAGAGAUGUGAGGAAGAGUCUAGAUCUCAGCCUCCAAACUCCUACUGCUCCGCCCAGAGGCAAAACUGUCCCCACGCCGAAAAGGAAGGCAGAAUCUGUGUCCCUAACAACGCAAGUGCCACCAGUUACAUCUGUGCCAUCGCUGCCAGGCUCCACAGAAGUGACGCAAGCAUCUGUCUACCCAUCAGCACGUGACUCAAAUGCCUUCACUCCAAAAUCCAACAGUCGUGAUGACCAUGAUCAGCUCUCUGUCACCACGAAUGGCACAUCUCGCCGCCUCAUACCCUCCCAGCCUGGAAGGAAGAGGAAGGCCAACUGUGUAGGCACAGAUGAGAUAAUAAAGGUUUUCCAGUAUAACAACCCUCGAUGUGCCAGUGUGUGUCUACCGCCUGGAGAGGACUCUCAAGACAGCUCGGAUGGCAUCCCAUCAGCACCUCGUAUGACAGGCAGCCUGGUGUCAGACCGCAGCCACGAUGACAUCAUCACACGCAUGAAGAAUAUUGACUGCAUAGAGUUGGGCCGCCACCGCCUCAAGCCCUGGUACUUCUCGCCCUACCCCCAGGAGCUGACAGCCUUGCCCAUCCUCUACCUCUGCGAGUUCUGCCUCAAGUAUCUUAAAAGCCUCAAAUGUCUACAAAGACACCUGACCAAGUGUAAUCUCCGCCACCCUCCAGGAAAUGAGAUCUACAGGAAGGGCACCAUCUCCUUCUUUGAGAUUGAUGGCAGAAAGAACAAGACAUAUUCACAGAACCUGUGUCUCCUGGCCAAGUGCUUCCUGGACCAUAAGACCUUGUAUUAUGACACAGACCCCUUCCUCUUCUAUGUCAUGACUGAGUAUGACUCCAAAGGCUUCCACAUUGUGGGAUAUUUCUCUAAGGAGAAGGAAUCAACAGAAGACUAUAAUGUGGCUUGCAUCCUGACCCUGCCUCCUUACCAAAGAAGAGGAUAUGGCAAAUUGCUCAUAGAAUUCAGUUAUGAGCUGUCUAAGGUUGAGGGAAAGACGGGCACCCCUGAGAAGCCCCUUUCAGAUCUGGGCCUGCUCUCCUACCGCAGCUACUGGUCCCAGACAAUUCUGGAGAUCCUCAUGGAUCUGAAGUCUGACAAUGGAGAGCGUCCACAGAUCACCAUCAAUGAGAUCAGUGAGAUCACUAGUGUGAAAAAGGAAGAUGUUAUUUCUACUUUACAGUACCUUAAUCUCAUCAACUACUAUAAGGGUCAGUACAUCUUGACGCUGUCAGAGGACAUCGUGGAGGGCCAUGAAAGGGCCAUGCAUAAGCGUCACCUCCGCAUUGACCCCAAAUGCCUGCACUUCACCCCCAAGGACUGGAGCAAGAGGGGGAAAUGGUAGUGUCAGACUGAGGAACUCCAAGGCCUUUGCCUGUAGUAUGCGGACUCGUUGCCAUCCCACCAGGAGAGCUGUGGGAGGCUCCAGUAUUGACCCCUCAGUCACAAGAUUUGAAAUCUUUCCAGUUCCCUGUGAUUCCACUGGGUUUGCUAUGUGAAAUUUACAGGAAGUUCCCAUCACUUCAUAUAAAGCCAGAUACAGCUACCAUUUUUUUUUUUUUUUUUUUUUUUUUUAAAUUGGUAGCCAUCUAGCUGGCUUUCUCUUGUAAUCUUCUUCCAGCAUUGUCUUGUACCUGAUUAUGUGAUGGAUAUCUUAUGAGCGGCACUUUCAGUUAAACAAGUUUGAAUAGCAUUUCAGGUUCAGGAUUUUACACAGUGAACAUUGAAAUAUGUAAAGGAUCAUUUGUAUAUAAUACUUUUUAUAAAAAAAAAAAACUUCUGUAUGCCAGAUAUGAGGAUGACCAGUCCUAUUUUAAACAAGCUGCAUUGAAAUUUAAGAAUGUACAGUGUGUCACUAGCAAUUUUUUUGGGGGGGGACAGUAGAAGUGAAUAUUCACUGUUGUGUUUUCUAAAAGAAAUUAGAAGUUUAUUAAAACUGUUGGUCACUUGUAA